ACGCAGCUCUAACUCAUUAUUUCCUUCCGGACUACGGUGCGUACAAGUAGUGUUAGACGGUGCGAUUCCUUCAACCGCGUGUUUAGGUCUGCAGUGUGUUACACUCUGAUCGUUCGUUAAGAUGUUGCUCACCGUCACAUUGCUGGUGACGGCCCUCACGUUCGUGUACGUAUAUUUGGCAUGGUAUAGCAACUACUGGACAAAGCGGAACGUUCCGGGCCCUACCCCCCGACUACUGUUGGGUAACUUCCCCAGCUUCAUUCUACGCAAUCGACCGUUCGUGGAAGACUUUCAAGAUAUAUACGACAAAUUCCGUUCGAAGGCCAAUGUGGUCGGAGUCUUCAACAAUCGGCAACCGGCGCUGCUGGUAUUGAAACCGGAGCUCAUGAAAGAUGUGUUGAUAAAGAACUUUAAACAUUUCCAAGACAACGAGUUUGCCGAUUCGAUCAGCAAGGAGAGUGAUCCCAUCUUUGGACGUAAUCCCUUCAUGCUCAAGGGCGAAGAAUGGAAGGAGAAGCGUGCCGAAGUGACACCGGCAUUCACGACGUUACGGAUGAAAUCCCUGUUUCCGUUCGUGGAAGAUGUGGCGCACCGGAUGAAACAGUACAUUUCACAGCAAAAAUCCCAGGAACCGAUCGAGACACGUGAACUGUGCGCCAAGUACACAACCGACGUCGUGUCUAGUUGCAUAUUCGCAGCAGAUGCACAGUCAUUCUCCAAAGAGAAGGCAGAAAUACGUGAAAUGGGUCGGAAACUGUUGGAACCGAACUUCCAAAUUCUCUUAAUGUUCAUACUGAUCGGUGUAGCGCCUGUGCUCAAAAAGAUCAUAAAGAUCAAGUUCGUGUCGAAAGAGAUCGAACAGUUCUUUACGAACCUGAUGGAGAAUGCCGUUACCUACCGGGAGCAGAACAAUGUAAAGCGUGUCGACUACCUUGAGCAUCUGAUAAGUUUGCGAUCGAAGAAGCAACUCACCUCCCUCGAUAUGGCUGCACACGGUGUGACUUUCUUCAUCGACGGCUUUGAAACGUCCAGUCUAGCGAUGGCCUUCACCCUGUACGAAUUGGCCAAGAGUCCGGAUUGUCAAACAACGCUACGCAACGAACUGCUGGCCGCUUCCAACGAGGAUGGUACGAUCGGUUACGAUUCCUUGCUCGAACUGCCCUAUCUCGAUCAGGUGUUGCACGAGGCACUGCGUAUUUGGCCACCUGCUGCCUUCCUGUCGAAGGUUUGUACCGUUCCCACGGAGGUUCAAGUAACCGAGAGCAAAACGGUGCUGAUCGAGCGUGGCAUUCCGGUAAUGUUGCCCGUUUGGGCCGUCCAUCGCGAUGGGGAAUAUUUUGAGGAGCCGGAACGCUUCAAUCCGGAUCGUUUCUCACCGGCCAACGGUGGCACCAAGGCGUACCGUGAAAAGGGUUGCUUUUUACCUUUCGGCGACGGACCGAGACAGUGUCUUGGUAUGCGUUUCGCCCUGAUGCAGGUUAAGCGUGGUUUGUUCGAAGUGAUCACCAAGUAUGAAAUUUCAAUCAACUCCAAGACGAAGCAACCGCUACAGUUGGACCCGAAAACGUUCAUCAUCUGUCCGCUAGGCGUCGGCACCGGUGUGGCCUUCGUCGCACUGGUGUAUUUGUUUCUGGCGUGGGAGUUCGGGUUUUGGCAAAAGUAUGGUAUUAAGGGACCGAAACCGAGACUGCUCUUCGGUAACAUACCGAAUCUGCUAACGAAGAAGCGACAUAUCGUGUAUAACUAUGAUGCAAUAUACAAUGACUACAAAAACGAACCAGCUGUCGGGUACUUCAGCAUUAGAACACCACAACUGAUGGUGAGAGAUCCAGAGCUAAUUAAAGAGGUGUUGAGCAAGAGUUUCCACAAUUUUUCCGCCAACGAUUUCUCCGACACUGUCGACGAAAAGUCCGAUCCACUGUUGGCUCGCAAUCCGUUCAGUUUGAGUGGUGAAAAAUGGAAAACUCGUCGGGCAGAGAUUACGCCUGGCUUCACCAACAAUCGGAUUAAAGCGAUGGCGCAUUUGAUGGAUGAAGUUUGUGAACGUAUGGCUAAGUAUGUGAAGAACCAGGCCAAUUCAAACGCUGGAACAGCUACCUUGGACGCCAAAGAACUCAUGGCGAAGUACACCACUGACGUAGUUGCCAGCUGCAUCUUCGCCAUUGACGCACAAUCAUUUGAGAGAGAAAAUCCGGAAAUUCGCCUUAUGGGCAAGCGUAUUAUGAACUUUAACUUUGUCGUUCAACUCGCACUGCUUGUAACGACCUUCUGCCCGUCGGUGAAGAAUUUCUACAAGUUCUCCUUCAUCCCCAAGGAUACGGAAGAGUUUUUCAUUCGCAUCAUGCAGGACGCAAUCCGCUAUCGUAAGGAGAACAAAAUUAAUCGAACCGACUUUCUGGAUCACCUGUUGCAACUGCAGGAGCGCAAGCAGAUCACGGAUGUUGAUAUCGCUGGCCAUGGUGUAUCGUUCUUUGCUGACGGAUUUGAAACGUCGAGCAUUGUGCUCACGUACACUCUGUACGAUCUUGCCAAACAUUCGGCCAUCCAGCAGGAACUACGUGAUAACAUUCAGAAGGCAAAGGAGAUCGGUGGCGGAAGCAUGUCGUACGAGCAGUUGGUGGAGAUGCCCCUAUUGGAACAAAUACUUUGCGAAACUAUGCGCAUUCAUCCGCUCAUCGCCGUUAUGUCCAAACGGUGCACCGCCGAUACCACGCUGGUUGGCCCGAAGGAUCGCAAAAUAUUCGUCAAAAAGGGUACCACGGUUGUGCUGCCGUAUUACUCGAUUAGUUUCGAUCCGGAACAUUUCCCUGACCCUCAGAAGUACGAUCCGAGCCGUUUUUCGGCCGACAACGGGGGCAGUAAGCUAUAUCGCGAGCGUGGCGUAUACUUUCCCUUCGGCGAUGGUCCGCGUAUGUGCUUGGGUAUGCGAUUUGCUCUGACACAGGUAAAAAGGGCGAUAGUUGAGAUCUUGGAGCGUUUUUCGAUUUCAGUCAACAGCAAAACGAUUGAACCGUUUGAAAUGGAUCCGGAACAGUUUAUGCUGAUGCCGAAAGGUAGUAUAUGGUUGGAUUUUAAACCUGUUGCAUAAAUCGGGACGCUUUUUUGGACAACGAAAAAAAUAUUUCUGAGCAAAAAAAAGCAUUACUCGUCACAAAACAAAAUUUGGAAUGGAAAUUGUAUCUUCAAUAUAAACACAAAUAAGUACAGAAAAAAUAAUACGCACUAAACAUUAGUAAACAAUCAAUUAACAAGAAAUUUAUCCACACGAACAAAACUUUUCUGAAGGUAAUUUUUAAAAGCAACAAAAGGUUUAACCAUUUAUGCCACACUAAGAACAAAUCAAGACAAAAAGCAAACUGUAAUAUCAUUAACACGAACGAACAAUAAACGAGUAAACAUCAGAUA